AUGGAACAAGUUACACAACCGGAACAGCAACCCAAUCGCAAUAACCGACAAACCAAUUGGAUAAUACAGUUGAUAUUUCAACUGAUAAUUUUGCGUCUGAUAUAUUCGUUGUUUACCAAUUAUAAGAAGAAUGCAACACUAAACUCAACUGAAAUACUCAAAACAUUCAAAAAUUAUCUCAAACCAGAUGAUCUCUUCGAUGUAUAUGGAGUCAUAACUAAUGAUAUAAGGAUAGAUUUGGAGAAUAUUGACCCAAGUCAAAUUGCGUAUAAGAACGAGAAUAAGUCUUAUUUUUACAAGAGAAAUUCACCUUUCGAGCCUUUCAUUCUCAAAUAUAAGCCCUCCCAUAAGUUUCUCAAUGAUAAAAAUGAUAAGCUGUUCCUCACCAUCUUCAUUAUUCCUCAUAAAGCAUAUCUACACAAACAUGAGGAAUUUAAUAAAAGUCAGUUUAAAGAAGGCAUAGAAGGGCAUUAUAUACUGAAAACAGUGUCACUGACGAGAUACAAGAAGAAUUUGAAACCCUCCGCAGUGAGUUUAAUGGACUCGGAAACAAGUGUGGAAAGAUUUAGAGGAGAUGAGGAAGUUAAGUACUGGGUUCCGAGAGUUGACGUUAACCUAGUAUAUGACGAUAAAGAGCAUUUACAGGUGAAAAACGACCCUUACUUUGACACAUUUACAAAACAUUAUGAGUUUCGUCUUUAUGACCCGGUUCUAUACUUGUCGCAAUUCUGGGUACUAGAAGAACACUUAGUACCAGUACUCAUUGAUGCUGCUUCUAGUAACGGUAACGUAGAAAAGUAUAACCCUGCGAAAGUAUUUAAAGAACUAGAAUAUGAGAAGAAUUUGUUCCUUAAUGGUUUUGUGACUGAUCCCAAUCUAUCUCCGUCAAAUAAUCUACAGCAAAUCAAUUCACUCUUCAAUAACACUAUGAACAAUGAAGAUAGUGUUGGUGUUGAUAAUGUUGGUGUCGUUGAUCCUGAUUUAAAUGUGGAUGAGGAAUUGAGUAAAUUAAACAUGGACGUCGACGAUGUAGAUAGUGGAUUAGUUGAAGGUGUGGUAGAUGAGAAUGUGGAUGUUGAAUUGGAAAUUCUGAUAAAUUUCAGCAUAUGUUCGCCAAUGUAUUAUAUGUUUAUAAGUCAAAUGAGUAUGAACAAGAACGUUUUCGGAAUUGAUAAUAGUAAAGAAAUGGACACCAUAAAGAAGAUGCUAUUGAAUACCUCACCCUAUUAUUUAGUCUUUUCACUUGUUUUUAUACUACUACAUUCAAUUUUCUCAAUGUUUGCCUUUAAAAAUGAUAUACAAUUUUGGAUAAAGAAUAAAUCAAUGGAAGGAUUAUCAACAAUAACGUUAAUUAUUAACUUGGUUUCAGAGAUAAUAAUAGCGUUGUACGUGUACGAUGAUGAGAACCGAUCUUAUAUGAUAUUGUUUGAGAUUAUUUUAAACAUCUUCUCAUCCUUCUGGAAACUUACCAAGGCAAUCAAAGUCAAAUUCCACCCAUUUUGUCCCUUCAUCUCAAUCUCAGACACAUCAACCCAUAUUGAGAAUAAAACGAAAGAGUACGAUAGAAUCGCAAUAAAGUAUAUGUCGAUAUUAUUGACACCUUGCGUUAUUGGAUAUGCGAUAUAUUCUUUAUAUUAUAAUAAGCACAAGUCGUGGUAUUCCUAUAUCAUUUCAGUUCUAGCUGGAUCAGUGUACACUUUCGGAUUUAUAAUGAUGACACCCCAACUGUAUAUAAACUACAGACUAAAGUCUGUGGAACACCUCCCUUGGAGAGCGCUUAUCUACAAAUCAUUGAAUACGUUUGUGGAUGAUGUGGCGUCGUUUUUAAUUGAUAUGCCAAUGCUUCACAGGUUGUCCUGCUUCAGAGACGACAUCAUCUUCUUCUGCUAUCUCUACCAAAGAUGGAAGUAUAAAGUCGAUCCAAACAGGACAAUAGGAACUACUAGUGAUGAUAACGCUAAUACUAUAGAAAAGGCUCCUAACACUGCUGAUAAUACGGAUAAGAACGAUAGUACUGACAGCAACAAUGUUGAAAAUAGUAAUGAUAUGGAAAAUAAUGAAGAAUCAGAUGAUAAAAUGGUAGAAAAUGUGAGAAGGAGAAAUUAA